CUGCCCUCUCUUUCUCUGCAGGAUCUGCCACCUCAGGACCCCAUGGCUUGCUUUACUGGACUCCAGGGCCCUUGCACCCAUGUCAGCAGAGCCCUCAGCCUGCGCUCUUUCAGCACCAGUGGGAGCCUCAGUGCCAUUCAGAAGAUGACACGGGUUCGCGUGGUGGACAACAGCGCCCUGGGGAACACCCCAUACCACCGCCCUCCACGCUGCAUCCACGUCUACAACAAGAGCGGAGUGGGCAAAGUGGGCGAUCGUAUUCUCCUGGCCAUCAAGGGACAGAAGAAAAAGGCACUCAUCGUGGGGCACCGCAUGCCUGGCCCCUGCAUGACCCCCAGGUUUGACUCGAACAACGUGGUCCUCAUCGAGGACAACGGGAACCCUGUGGGGACCCGCAUUAAGACACCCAUCCCCACCAGCCUCCGCCGGCGGGAAGGCGAAUUUUCCAAGGUGUUGGCCAUUGCACAGAACUUCGUGUGAGCGGAGUCCUGAGAGCUGCCUGCUCUCGCCUUUGCAGGGCAGGUGACCAGGGAACAGUGUUCUGUAAGAGAGUAAACAUUUUCAUCUACUUUU